AUGUCUUCACCCGAACACUACCCUGGUUAUAUUGCUCUUCUCUCUUACCUGAACGAGCACACAAGCUGGUCGUACUACGAGUUUCUGACUCUUUACCGUGAUGUCAUUGUAUUGUCACCACCUUUUUCGGAUGAGUGGAACGGCCUCGACGGCGCUUGGACUCACAGAUUUUUAAAAAAAGCAGAAGCGCUCAAUCCAAAAGAUUUUGAAAUUUUAAAGGUCAAGGUGGAUUCUGAACGUUCAAAAAAUGGGUUGCAGGCCUAUUGGGAGGGAGUAAUCCAUAAACGGAAGAAGCUUGCAGUGAAACGCACCCACGUUCUUGGCAGUCUUAGUCUUUUAGACGAAGCCGGGAAAUACAAUGUUGACGAUCUCUCUUCCGAAGGAUUCUCGGACUCCUUCCUCGUUGACGUGUCAUCCACAUCCAAACACGCUCUUGAUAACAAGGGUUUAAUUUCUCAGAGGGCUAAGAAGAUUAAAACAACCAGUAAAGAUGAGUCAGUGGAUUUGGAAGAGAAUGGUAUAGGAAUAUAUUCAGAAGACGACGAUGAAGAACUUGAGGACCAUACAGUUUCCAAUGAAGAACUACCAUGUUGGUCAUCUUAUGAAAAAACGUUCCAAGAAAUUUCAGAAGACAAAAAAUGGCGUUUGUCAUCAUCACAGAGAAAUGUAGAAGAUGUUCUUCAUGCAUAUGCGUUGAAAUUGGAGAAGGAGCAAUUAGCUCAUUCCUUCAUUGUUGACACAUCAGAUGAUAGUAUCAGGGGAUUAUUUUCGGAAAUUGAAUGGAGGGAAAUUAUGAGUGUUAAUAAGAAAACUGUGCCAGCCAUUGACAGAAAACUUGGAGAACAUUUGCUAAAAUAUAAAAAGAAGACACCUUCCGCAAUGCGAAUGCACAUCAUGAAACCCUGGUUAAGCGGAACAUAUAACAGAGACGAGCAUUUUGAUUUCCAGUACGUACACCAGGUGUUUUCAUACCUCCUUGACGAAUACGAAUCCCCAAAGAAUCAACUGUUGCAACCACAUUUGGAAGGGUGGUAUGCGAUUAAUAUUUGGAGUAUAAUGAUUGAUAAAGCAUUCUUAAAUGUCCAAGACAUCGAACUUGUCCGUGGUGACUCAGUGAGCGUUGCUUCGGGCAACCGAAAAAAGAAGGCCGAGAAGGGAACAAAUGGACGUCGACCUGACGGCAUUUUCAAAAGUACAGUUAAUAACCAUGAAUAUGGAGGAAUUGAAGUAGCAAAAACAUGUCAAGGCCCACAUGAUAAGAAACAAUUGGGUGAUUCUUUGAAACUUGGAAAACUUCUGAAAGAUAUGUUCGAUCAACUAUCAAGUGUGGUCAACCAUAACGAAGCAGUGGUCAAGGAAAUAGAGGUCGUCGGUUUAUUGCAUUCGCGUCUUCAAUUGCAACAAUUACUCGUGGAUUACGGAGGUGGCUCGUGUUUACGCCUCAUAAAAGAAGUAACAACAAAUGUUCCUGUGUAUCUGAAUGAUGUGAUGGAGCUCAUCAAUAUGAUCAUAUCUAUCCUUCGAGCGAAAUUGAGAGUCCAACGUUGCAUCGCAGUGUUAAAAGACGAUUCUGAGGAUGCAUCGUUCUUACGAGAAAUUACACAACCACCCUCAACUCCACCUAAUGAGCAAGCAGGUUAUCUUACAACUUCCAGGACCGUUACGUGUCCAACCUUCAAGUCUCCAGAAAAGGCUACUAAAGUUAAAGAGGUAACCAUAAAGUAUAAAAAACCUUCAAAUCUCCAGAAAAGGCUACUAAAGUUAAAGAGGUAA